AAUGAAUUAAGCUUCAAAUAAAAUUUCAGCUGAAGAUUGGCAUCAUAAUUAAAACAAUAUUGUAAUACCAAAAGCUAAAAUGAAUGAAUUAGUUCUUAAUUUUUUUAUUGUUGAGGGUUAUAGAGAUGCAGCAAUAGAAUUUUCUAAAGAAGCUGGAAUUUAAUGUAAUAUUUAAAUAUUUAUAAUUAAAGUAUCUAACAAAGAACUUGAUAAAAUGAUUGAGAGAAUUGAAAUUAAAAAAAAUAUAUUAAAUGGGGAAAUUGAUUCUGCUUUAGAAAAAGUAUCUAUGAGCAAUAAUAAAUAAAUUCUUUUUAAAUUAAAAAUGCAAAAACUAAUAGAACUAAUAAAAAAUAAUGAAUUGGAUUAGGCUAUUUCAUAUGCCUAAAAUUAAAUAAUUGAAUUCUUAAAAGAUUAAGUAUAAAUUAUAAUUUAAGUAGCCUCAUCUAAUUGAUGAAACAGAAAAAGCUAUGUCUUUAUUAGCUUACAAAGACCUCGGAAAAUGUCCUUUAAGUCAUUUGACUCAAAAUUCUCAAAGAAUUAAGGUAGCAAGCGAAGUCAAUUAACAAUUGUUUUAAGACUCUUAAGGAAAUGAAUAAGCAAAAUUAACAAUACUAAUGAAAAUCUUAUAAUGGGCUUAAGAAAUAUUGAAUUCUAAACUUGAAUAUCCUUGUCUAAUAGAUAUAUCUAAAGGGUAAUUCUCAAAAGAAUAAUGA